AUGGAGGAGAUUUGGGAUCAUAUUAAUCCACUCUCCAACACCCAAAUCCACCACGUCCAGCCGCCAACACCAAGCCCCCCUUUCAAUGGUUUCUUCUUCCAAGACUUUUCUGUUCUACCACCACCACCACCACCACCACCACCGACGCACCCUCAACCUCCGCAAAUCAGACCCGUUGCCGCUGUAGAUCGAAAGACCAAACGUUUGAUUAACUGCAGGGAAAGUGCGAAUCGUUCUAGGGCUCGAAAAAAGGCGUACAUUGAAGAGUUAGAGUUAAUAGUUGAGGAUUUAAAAGCUAAGAAUAAACGUUUGAAAGAUGACAAUGAAAACAGGAAGAAGCCACACCUACAGGCACAUUGUACUCCACUGUUAUUUUUCUCGGUUCGGUAA